AUGAGGACAUUAGUUGCUCUGCUUUCUCUGCUUCUCACAGUCCACACUGAGGGAAAUUCAAGUGGACACAGCUGGAAAUACCCAGAUGGCACAGGAAAUGGGGCAUGGUCCAAUAACUUUCCAAAUUGUGCAGGAGAGAAACAGUCCCCCAUUGACAUCCAGACAAACAAAUUAUUGGAGAACAACUUACUGGAGCCCCUAGAACUGACAGGCUACCAAGCUCAAUAUGGAAAUUUCCUGCUGACCAACAAUGGCCACUCAGUCCAGUUGACUUUGCCAGCUGACAUGCAUGUCAUUGAAGGGUUACCCUAUAAAUUCACAGCUGUCCAGAUGCACUUUCACUGGAGAAGUACUACACAACCCCAUGGUUCGGAGCACACCAUAAAUGGAGUUCCAUCUGACUGCGAGUUACACGUUGUACUCUUCAAUUCUGAGAAAUAUAAAAGCUUUGAAGAAGCCCAAGAUAAGUCUGAUGGAUUAGCUGUGAUUGCCGUCCUCAUUAAGGCUAAAGAAAAUAAAAAGAAUAGACAUUAUGAGCCGUUUUUUUCCAGUUUGUCCAAGAUCCACAAUGCAGGGGAAAAUGUAACUCUGCCCUUCAUUGAUGUCCAACAUAUGUUGCCCUGCAACCUCAAAAGAUACUACCGAUAUCAUGGCUCAUUGACCACUCCUCCCUGCACUGAAAAUGUCAUCUGGACAGUUUUGACAGAACACGUCUUCAUUUCUACAGGACAGAUGCAUAAACUAUUUUCACUCAAAGAUAAUUUUUCUCAUUCACUUGAAAACAACUUUCGGCAUGUUCAGCCUCUCAACGGAAGGAUAGUGGAGGCCAGUUUCCCACCUGAAGAAGCUGAAGGAAGUCAAUUUGUUCACUGCUCACGGUCCGAGUCACGGGGGCGAUUUAAAAGGCACAGAGCCAGCUCAAGGGAAAGAUCCUAGAGGUGAUUUUGGACUGCUCUGAAGAUACCAAUGAUGGUUUUUCUAAAGAAAAAAGCCUCGAAAUAAACAAGAACACCCCAACACAAAUCAAAAACAAGCAAACAAACAAAAAACCAAAAAAGAAAAAAAAAGCUGCCCAAGAUACUACUCUACAGUUUAAAAAUGGCACAAAGGAGACAAUCCUUAUCAGAAGUAAAAAGAAGCAUUGAAGACAACCGUCAUUAGCCAUCAGCUUAGAUGGCAGUCCACCAUUUCCUUCACCAUAAAAACAUUGCUUGCUCUGAUUCUUUACUCAGUUUCUUCCUUAUCUAUAUAAAACUCCUUCUUGGAUUGCUAAUUUUGCAUAUUUCCUAGAUACCUCAGUAGAACUACUAUUGCUGA